AUGGCGCCGCUAGACGCCAACCCUGAUCUCUCCUCUCCACCACAGGCGGUGGAGGUUGAUAACAUCAGCCCCUUGCCCGACGUCAUAAUCCACCAUAUCUUCUGCUUCUUGCCCUUCAAAGACCUGGUGAAGACCAGCGUGCUGUCCAAGCAAUGGCGUUUGGCUUGGACCUCCACCCCGAACAUCGAUGUCUCGCUCCGCUCAUGGCUUGUCAUUCCAUUGAUCAGCAAAGCACUGAGUCUCUGCACUGCCACUAAGAUAGAGAAGUUCCAUGUGGACUUUUACGUCCGUACUGAAUUCGAUCUGUGGUUCCACUUUGCUGCGGCACGCCAAGUGGAGGACGCUUCGUUGGUCUUUGGAGGCUCCAAUCGUGUCGUACCACAAUUCAUGUGCGAUUGCACGUCGCUGGUGAGCUUGCGAAUAUCGAAGGCUACUUUUCCACCGGAUUUUACCAUCCACUGGCCUUCACUUAAGAAAUUGUGCCUUCACGACUUUAUUUUCGAUUACUUUCCCUCGGAGAAGGAUGUGAUUAUGAAAAUCAUGAGGGGGUGCCCUGUUCUUGAAUCUUUUACAUUGCGUUCCUCCUGGCUCGAAGCUCGCGACAUCUGGAUUGAUUCAAGAUCUCUAAGAGAGUUGGUGAUUGAAGCGGAUAUUUCUUCGUCGCUCAUUCUUUCAGCUCCGAAUCUGCUUUCAUUGUGUUUGUCAGCUGCGACAUGCCACGAAAAUCACAUUCGGAAGCUGGUGUCUUCAGGUACAGAGUUGAUUUUGUUUGGUCUUUCUUCCUGGGUUCUAUCAAGAACGGGGAUAAAGGGACGGCCGUACCUGUCAUCGAGAUGGCGAAAUAUUGUGGUGUAUACUACAGUUUGUAAAAGUGAGCUUAAGGGGAUUGCGUUCUUGCUGCGGAGUUCUCCACUACUAGAAAGGCUAGCCAUAUGCAAUCCAAAAUCCAAUAAUGCCAGGUUCAGGAAAAAAGAUUUUCCAAAGCUCUGCAACUUUGUUGAAAAGCAAUUUGGGUGCUCACGGAAGGAUUUCCCUUGUGUGGCAAAUCAGCUCAAAAGGGUUGAAAUUGUCGGGUUCGAAUUCAACAAUGAGAAAUCAAAACUUUUGCGUGCCUUAUCUAAGUUUCUUCUCGAGGAGACAGUUGAAUUGGAGAAGAUAGACAAUCCGUGCUGA